AUGGACGGAUAUGUCCUGCUUGAUCUGAAUGCUACUGGGUCACAACGCCGGAGGGGAGGAAACUCUCCCAGCAGGGGCGGCAGAGGUGGAAGAAGAGGCGGUAGAGGCGGUCGUACCCUUGUUAGGCCAAACCCACCAAGAGGCCUUCAUUUGGUUGAUGAAGAAACAGAUGAUGAAGCAGGAGAUCCUACCUUUGCAGAACCAGAAGCCCAAGCUCUCUCCUCAGGCUCAACUGAGUCAUGCUCCAAUGACUCGACUCCACCAGCAUCAACUCAGGGGGAGACACUUAAGCCUAACAUGGCAGCAGCCUCUUCUCAACAUCCUGUUUCUGAAGAUGUUGCUGCACAUGUUCCUGAAAAUGGUGCUGCACCUACUGUCUCAGACAAUGCCCCUCAGAGUGCUGCUGAGGAUGCUGCUCCCUACCAAGAUCAGGAAAUGCCAGACUUUUCUGGGAUGUCCUCUGCUGAGCAUGUAGAUAUUCCCACUGUUGAUGCCCAGGACUUUACCACCACCGAAAAAACACCCUCAGCUCCACAUGAAGAUCCUCUGGAAACUCUGGCGGAGGCAGCUGUUCAAGUGGAUGCACUACCUUCCCAGGUUGAAGAGGAAGAGAAAAGUGAUGACAGCUGGGAAGUGCCCCUUGCCUCUUUCCGCAACAAUUUGCCAUCCUCAGAGUCAGACAAUAACUCUUUUGACUCAUCUCAGAUGGAAGAAGAUGCUGCUCCACCUGUUGCAUCACCUGAGCCAGCAUACAUCCCUGAUGAACUUGAAGACUCUGAAGAAGAGGAACCCUCAGAGGAUGAAGAUGGAGACUUGGAUGGGAAGGAUCUGUCAACUCCUUUUGAGAUCACCUAUCAUCAGUCCAUGGUGGAGAUGCUUCAGAAAGCUCUUUCUAAUCAAAAAGGGGGAGAACAAGCUAGUCAUGAAGUUGAAGCAGGGACUUCUCAUCCUUUGGAUGACAGAGGCAGAGAGCAUGGAGUUAAUGAAGAAGAAGAAAAUAAUGAGGGUGAGGCUGAAGGAGCAGAGGAAAGCAGUGAGUCCAGUGCUAGUGAUGGAGGAACAACAGCUGAUAUUGAGGAUACCUUGGAUAUUCUACUUUAA